UGGAAAUUCCUCUCUCUCUCUCUCUCUCUCUCUCUCUUCUUUCCUCUCUCUAAAUUCUUGAGUCGGCGUUCGGUUGAAGAAGCUCGAGCAAUCAGCAAUGGAGGUUCUUCUCUGAGAGGGAGCGAUAUCGGAGCUCUGGUUUUUCCAAAUUCGGAAGCUUUGGGGAGGACGUAGCUGCUUAAUCAGUUGAUUGCGAACUGAGGAAGAAGAAAGGUUGCAGCUUCAAUGGCGGUGGAGUACGAGUGCUGCACCAGUGGAUUCUUCAUUCACAUAGUGGUCAUCGUGCUGCUGGUGCUGUUCGCGGGGCUAAUGUCCGGGCUCACCUUGGGCCUCAUGUCCAUGAGCCUCGUCGAUCUCGAAGUCCUCGCCAAGUCCGGGACGCCGAAGGAUCGCAAGCACGCCGCGAAGAUAUUACCAGUUGUCAAAAACCAGCAUCUGUUGCUUUGCACCCUGCUGAUUUGCAAUGCUGCUGCAAUGGAGACACUCCCAAUUUUUCUUGAUGGUUUGUUGAAAGCUUGGGGUGCAAUCCUCAUUUCUGUGACACUGAUUCUUCUGUUUGGCGAGAUUAUACCACAAUCUGUUUGUUCCCGAUAUGGUUUGGCUAUAGGCGCAACAGUGGCUCCAGUUGUCCGUGUUCUUGUUUGGAUCUGCUUUCCUGUUGCAUAUCCUAUUAGUAAGCUAUUAGACUUUCUGUUGGGCCAUGGACAUGUAGCUCUCUUUCGCAGAGCUGAGUUGAAAACGCUUGUAGAUAUGCAUGGCAAUGAGGCCGGAAAAGGCGGAGAGUUGACACAUGAUGAAACAACCAUUAUUGCCGGAGCACUUGGACUCUCUGAGAAAACGGCUCGUGAUGCCAUGACUCCUAUAGCUGAAACUUUUGCGAUCGAUAUCAAUGCCAAGCUUGACAGGAAUUUGAUGAAUCUAAUAUUGGAGAAAGGGCAUAGCAGAGUACCGGUUUAUUAUGAGGAGCCGACAAAUAUUAUUGGACUCAUCCUGGUAAAAAAUUUGUUAACAGUGAACCCAGAAGAAGAAGUACCUGUAAAGAAUGUCACUAUACGCAAGAUUCCAAGGGUUCCAGAAAUGUUGCCUUUAUAUGACAUAUUGAAUGAGUUUCAAAAGGGUCACAGUCACAUGGCUAUUGUUGUAAGAAGGUGCAAUAAGAAUACGGAGCAGACUAAUGGCAUUCCGGGUGACAGUCCAGUGAAAGAGGUGAAAGUCGACAUUGACGGUGAAAAGCCUCUUCACGAGAAGUUGAAGAGCAAAAGAUCACUGCAGAAGUGGAAGAGCUUUCCGAAUUCAAACAGUGCAAAUAAUUCAUACAGGACCGGGUCCAGAAGCAAGAAAUGGACAAAGGAGAUGUACUCAGACAUCCUGCAGACUGAUGGUGAGCUCCCCAAACUACCUGAAGAGGAAGAGGCUGUUGGCAUCAUAACAAUGGAAGAUGUUAUCGAAGAACUUUUACAGGAGGAGAUUUUUGACGAGACUGACCAUCAGUUCGAGGACUCAUAACACCGGCAUUUCUUGGAAGCAGAGUGUCUUGUGUCUGUAAGUGCUGAACUAGGUUUGUUAGAAAACUCUACAAAAACUGUAUUAAAUAGUCAUACGGUUGAGAAGUUAAUGGAUAUAUGGAAUUAAGUACUCUAGUAUUAGUAUCUGCGUAUGUCAGAGAUGAAUGUCAAAACUUUUCUCCACCCAAUGUUGUGAAUAUUUUGGAUUUAUGGUAAAUGAGCAGGCUUUUCGUAACACA